AUGGCUAAGAAGUGGUUUACAGAGUUCCGUUGUGGUCGUUCCAGCACUAGUGACGCCGAACGUUCAGGUCGCCUAAAAGAAGUGAUCACGCCGGAAAUCGUCGAUAAAAUCUAUGAAAUGAUAUUGGAUGAUCGGAGAAUGAAAGUGCGUGAGCUGGCUCAUGCUGCAGGUAUCUCAACUGAAUGGGUACAUCAUAUUUUACACGAAUAUUUGGACAUGAAAAAACUCUCCGCGAGAUGGGUGCCGCGAUUGCUCAUACUCGAUCAUAAGCGCAAUCGUGUGAUCACUUCAAAAAAGUGUUUAGCGAUGUUCAGCCGUAAUCCGAACGAAUUUUUGCGCCGUUUUGUUAUUGUGGACGAAACAUGGAUCCAUCACAACACGCCAGAGACCAAGGAACAAUCGAAACAGUGGGUUGCUAGGGGUGAACGUGGACCAAAGAAGGUCAAACAGAGUCUAUCAGCCAACAAAGUCAUGGCCACAGUUUUUUGGGAUGCAAGCGGUGUCAUUCACAUCGAUUACCUCGAGAAAGGUAAAACGAUCACCGGCGAAUAUUAUUCAAAGCUUUUGAACAGAUUCGACUUUCAUUUAAAGCAAAAACGACCGCAUUUGGCGAAGAAGAAAGUGCUGUUCCAUUAA